AUGUCUACAAACGGGCGGUGGCCUCAGGCCCGACCUCGCACUUUCGGUGUCGAGCUGGAAUUUAUAAUUGUAUGGAUAUGGGAUGAUGAAUAUGACCCUGACCUAGACAUAGCAAGCGAUUUACCUCCUAUUCUUAGGCUACCACAUCACUUUCGCGAUUCUGGCGUUUCUAAAACAACAAUAGAUGGCGCGGUUUAUAGUCGGAUUUGCGAUGUUCUACUUGAUCAUGGCCUACCGGCUCAACGAGCACCCAUCCGCCGUUGCGACAACGAAUAUCGUCUUUGGAAUACUAAACUAGAUACAAGCAUUAAAUAUGAGGGAGAUACCAACUGGUCAGGUAUCGAGAUGACAUCUCCCGCGGAGAGUGCUUUGCCUGGGGCAUUUAGCGCAAUCCGUUAUGCCGUGGAGCUAAUCAAGUCCCAUUAUCGGAUAGUUGUUAAUCAUACAUGCGGGUUUCAUGUUCACGUCAGUGAUGGGAAAGAAAUUAUGCCUUUGGAGCACGUAAAGCGAGCCGCUUCGCUGUUCUGGGCCGUUGACCCCGUCAUUUCUCUGCUUCAUCCACCGACAAGGAGGGUAAACUUCUACUGUCAAAGCAUUCGGGAUCGAAGUCCGCUUGCUCGAGGAAAUAAGAUAUCUGAUGUGCUGCACGAUACUGACCAUUGGGAAGAAGAUAGUUGUGAACGAUAUAUCGGACGCGGGAUGAGACACGGGGAGCACCCUAUAGCCUGGAGAGCAAAGUACCAGCUUAAGGAGCACGUGGAGGCCUAUGAAGAAACUCGGAAGCCGGAUCACUUCCAGCCAUUUUUCUGUAAGGAUCUUAGGGGCCUCCCGGUAGGUAUAUUGACAACCCUCGAGACAGAGCCAGCCCCGGAGCUUGACAAAUCAGAAAUUCAGGCUCGUAUUGAAAUGUUAAUAAAAACAACUAAGGACCCCGAAGGUAAACAUCCCAAUCCACCGUAUUCGCCAAUACACAAGCGUCGCACUCAACGGUUUAAAGCCGGCAAACCUCUACCCGAUGUUAAGCACAAAGUUCACAUAAGCCUCGAUGAAAAGGCUAAAACUGAUAUUGGCGUCUUCGCCGGUGUCAGUGAAAUAUUUGCCUGCGAAAGCUCGUGCGUAAUAUUAUUUCUGCUGGAUACUGCGGAAAGAUCCAACUAUAAUCUUUUCAGAUAUAAAUGUUACAACCUCAGGGAACCUGGGAAGACCGCGCCAACGAUCGAGUUUCGAGAAGCCACGGGGACUAUGUCUGGCGAAUGGGCAGAAAUGUGGGCUAGAAUCUGCGUAGGACUCACGAAUUUCGCCAUUCACGCACCAGUCGAGAAUUACCUUUCCGUGCUCCAGAACCUAGAACGCGCUGCGUCUGGUGAAGCUCCGUAUGACGUGGUCGACCUAUUGGACGAAGUUGGAUUAUUUGCAGAAGCCGCAUUUGCGGAGAAGAGGUUAAUGCAACAUAAGGACGAAUGGGACUUGGGAUAUUUUUCUGAUGGAGAAAAUUAA